UGAGAAUAACUCAACAUGGCAGUUGUGUUAUCGGUUGAAACACACCCUGUUCCUAGAGGAGACUAUCAUUCUACUCUUCUGUUCAUCUCACUGCUCCCUUUUUCUACUUAUUUUCUGUUAAAAGUCUGUGUCUUUAGAAGUGCAGUUUUUCUGCUAGUGAAUCUGCAAAACCUUUCAUGAAGUUUAAUUGAUUCCUAAUGAAUUGAGCACCACCAUGGCCGAAUUUCCUGUCGUCACUCAGCCUGGCCUGGGAGUCACCACAACAACCAUAACCACCAUAACACAGACAGGUGGAGACUGGAGCACAAGUCUCUUCAACGUGUGCAGUGACAAAACUGUGUGUCUGGUGGGUGCAGUGUCUCCCUGCUGUUUAGAUGUCAGUCUUGCCCAUCAGUACGGAGAGUGCCUGUGCUUACCAAUGCUUCCAGGAUCUACAUUUGCAAUGCGUGUAGGGAUAAGGGAGAAAUAUAAAAUACGGGGAAGUGCGUGUGAAGACUGGGCUGUGGUGUGCUGUUGCUAUCCAUUAGCUGUGUGCCAGAUGAUACGAGAGUUGAAGCGAAGGCUGAAGUCUCAGACGUACCAAGUGUCGACAGCUCUAGACAGCUCCUGAUUUUUCUGUUCUGUCAAUUGACCACUGCUUUCCUGUGUUGAAGGUUAAUAACUCAAUUUGCAGGUCAAUAUUUUUUUUAAUUUUCUUUCAUUUUUUUAUGUCAGCAGUUUUGAGUGUUGUUUUCUAUUGCUGAAGGACCCCUUUUCAGGAUUCAAAGUUAAAGUAAAUCAAACUUACAGUAAGUGUCAAAUUAUUGCACAAAAUGCUGCCGCCAAGCAUGAAAUAUUAAAAGCAGAGCUGCAGACCAUCCUCUGUCCAGUCUAAGCACUGGCAGAACAGAUUUUUGAUUUUAUACACUGCAGUACCAGAUCUCUGGCUGAGAACACUUGAUAUACUGUAUUUCACAAGAAGGGUCCUUUCUUUUAUGGCCAUGUAAAUCAUAAAUUUGCUAGAGGAAGGAUCAUAUAUUGUGAUCCUUGAUUUAGCUAAAUUAAGAACCUUUUUUGACAAUUACCUUGUGGCUUUCAAUUCCUCUUAUGUGGCUGACAUUAUACCCUGGGAACCAUGAUUUAAGAAAGUUCUUGACAGUUUUGGUUUAUAAUGUCAAUAAUUUACACUUUUAAUAUCCAGGUGUAGAAUGUUAAAUGAAAAAUAAAAUUGUAACAUAUUUUCAUAAGGUAUAAAAUUGACUGAAAAACUAAAAUAUAUCAGAUACGCUAUAAACCAUAAAGUACAAAAUCAGGUUGGGAUAUAUCAUUUUAUUUUUCAUAAUUAAUAAAGAUAUAUUUCAUUUACCAUCAAUGAAGCAUAAUAGAGGAGCAGUCCAAGAAAUCAAGUUAAGGAGUGCAAAAAUUAUGUACAGUUUUUCCUAAAAAAUAAAGUCAACACACUGACCAACAGUAUUUACUUUAA